AUGCCGAUUGUUGAUUUCCACCUCCAGAAAUUACCAGCCGCCGCGGCUGCGCCCUUUCUAGACAAAUCCCACAGCAGUUCACCCGGCUCCGCCAAAACCACAGAGCUUUUCUUUACUGAGAGGACCCCUUGGUUCCACCAAUUCCCCCAAAUCCCCAUGGCUCCCGAUCUCUCAUCCAGGGGGACUAGAAGAAAAGAUUUUCUCAGCACUAGAAGAAUAUUUGGAGCAGCAAAGGUGCCCGUGGUGCCUUUCUACCAUUCAAGGGGUGUCCUCCUGAAGGCAUCUGAGAGGGCCUCUGGCGGUUCCAAUGCUGUGCAGCCGGGGAGGAAGGAAAAGAAAACGCCAAGACAUAGAAAACCAUGCUUUUCCCGUAGGAAGAACCGAUGAUGAGCCCUGAUGAAAGAAGGGAGAAGACCCGCUGUCUGCGAAGGCCUAAAGGUUAGAAAUACAACAAUUUUUCUCAUGCCGAAGGAAAGGCAAAACGAUCUAAGAAACUGCAAGGCAGUGAUACAAGUUUUCCUCAACAGCGAGCUGGGACUGGCGACAAUUUCUUAACUCACAGCCUCCGCAGUCGCCUCAGUCGACAAAGAGAGCAGCCCACGCAGCGGCCGCCGCGCCCAUGCCCGUGGCCUUUACUUGCUUUUGCCCUGAAGUUCAGUGUAGUGGUUUGUUUGGGGCUUGCAGGAAGAAACACACACACUCUCUCUGACUCCCCACAACCCAUCUUUGCCUUCUGCAACCGCUUCUCCUGCCCAUCGCUGGCUUUGGGGUAGGCUCUUUGUCUGCCUGAGGCCCCGCACUCGCAGGGCAAGAAGCUUCAAGGAAUCCAACUCCAAACUCCUCCGAAGUUAAAUAUUGACCAGAACCUCUUUCAACAGGCCGCGGUUGCCAGAAACAGUGGAGGGCCAACUCCUCCCAACCGCCCUGGUGCAAAGUCCCACGCGGAGAAGAGUUUUGGAGCAGCGCUUACCUAGAAAGAUGUUUAAAUCUGAACCAGGAAUUGUCUCCAACUCCAGGCGCUCAGGGAAUCGCCUUUUCCGGUGUCCAGGCGCUCUGCAGACAAAUAAACAGCAGAAGGUGAAUGGCGGCUGCAAGGGAAGGGAGUUGGAGGCCGGGAGUGGGAAGCGCGGCUCAUGCGGUCGCCAAGGUGGCCCUGGGGGUGACGCGAACACCAAGGAGUCGCCAGGGCACUCGUCCGUGCGGCGCACUCAUUGCUCGAAAUGUUCCAGUCUACAAAUGGCCCGAAGAUGGUGAUUUAUUUUUGUAAAAUAAAUACAUACUCCAUCUCCACACCCA